AUGCCCCCCACCACCCACUCCCAAAACCCCCCAAAACAAACUACAAGUAUCACCCACGCCAAAAAAGCCACCCACACCUUCCUAACCACCCUCACCCACCCCCCCUCCCAAUCCUCCCCCCAAUCCAACCCCCUCUCCCCGCUCCUAAAAACAUUCACCACCCACCCCACGCCCCUAAUCCACGAACACGGACACCCGGCCCUCGCCCCCUUCCUCGGCCGAGACUUUAUCGGCCAGAGUGGAGUGCAAGAGUAUUUUACGACUAUGGGUGGGUUGUUAGGCAUCAGGGGGAUGAAAUUUGAGGAUGAGGGGGGGUGGGUUGUUUCCUUCCUGGAAGAUAAUAAAAAUGAAGAUGGGGGGAUAAGGGUUGGGGUGGUGGUGCGAGGGUGGGCGAGGUUUUUUGUCAAGGGGGGGAGAAGACAUAAUGGGGAUGGAGAUGGGGAAGGAUGGGAUGAGGGGUUUGUGUAUCGGUUGGUUGUUUGUCCGGAGGAGAGUCCUGAAGAGGGAGAUGGGGAUGGGGAGUGGAAGGUACAGGAGUAUCGGGUUUGGGCGGAUACGGGGGCGGCGUAUUUGGCGUUGAGGGGGGAGUUGGGGGGGUUGGAGAGGGGGAAGUGA